AUGUUUUUUUUUCCUUUUAGGCUCUUCCAACUCUUUUUUCCUUUAUUAUGGCUGCUAUGCAAAGGUGAGGUCAUUUUAUUAAGAGAAACGUAUGGUGAAAUCCGAACACCCAAUUUUCCAGAUUUGUAUCCAAGUGAUUCAGAGGUGACGUGGAAUAUAACUGUGCCUGAGGGAUUCAGAAUCAGGCUGUACUUCAUUCACUUUGACCUGGAACCAUCUUACCUCUGUGAAUAUGACUAUGCUAAGGUAGAGACUGAUGAACAAGUGUUGGCAACUUUCUGUGGAAAGGAAAGCACUGACACAGAACAAGCUCCAGGGAAGCAAGUAAUCACAUCUCCUGGAAACUUUCUCAGCCUUACUUUUAGGUCUGAUUUCUCCAAUGAAGAACGUUACACCGGCUUUGAUGCUCACUAUAGUGCAGUUGAUGUAGAUGAGUGUGCAGAGGGAAAUGAUGAAGACAUGGUAUGUGACCAUCACUGCCACAAUUAUAUUGGUGGAUUCUACUGUUCAUGCAGAUUUGGCUAUCUUCUCCACUCAGAUAACAGGACAUGCAAAGUGGAAUGCAGUGAUAAUCUGUACACACAAAGGAGUGGAACAAUAUCAAGUGCAGAUUAUCCUAAUUCGUACCCCAAGAGCUCUGAUUGUCUGUAUAGAAUUGAGCUAGAGGAAGGAUUUGUGGUCAAUCUUCAAUUUGAUGAUAGUUUUGAUAUUGAAGACCACCCAGAAGUGUCUUGUCCUUAUGACUACCUAAAGAUCAAAGCUGGAAAAAAAGAAUUUGGUCCAAUUUGUGGAGAUAAAUCACCAGGAAGAAUAGAAACUGGGAGUAACAGUGUUCAGAUCUUGUUUCACAGUGAUGGUUCUGGGGAAAAUGGAGGAUGGAAGUUAUCUUACACAGUCACAGGUGUUGCAUGCCCUGAACUUCAGGAACCCGUGAAUGGGAAGAUUGAACCUUCUCAAACAAAGUACACUUUUAAAGACCAAGCUGUGAUUACAUGUAAUCCUGGAUAUCAGGUUCUAAGGGACAAUGUUGAGAUGGAGAGUUUCCAGAUUGAGUGCAGGAAAGAUGGAACAUGGAGUAACCAGGUCCCAAGAUGCCAAAUUGUUGACUGCAAGUUGCCAAAAGAACUUGAAAAUGGAUUUAUGACCUUCACUACAUCAGAAAAUACUACCACAUACCAAUCAAGUGUUACAUAUUCCUGCAGAGAACCAUACUACACAAUGACCCCAAACAUUACUGACAUUGAGGAAAUAGCACCAUGUGCCAUGGAUAAAAGAAAAAUUAUGCUAAUUCUGUUGGUUUUUUUUUUUGUAGUAUGUGGGGAGCCACAAUUUUCCAGGUCAAUGCUGGCAAGAAUUGCUCGAGGAAAUACAGCCAAGAGAGGCAUUUCUCCCUGGAUAGCCAUGUUUUCCAGGAAUCGCCAUCCCUUUUGUGGUGGCUCUCUAAUUGGUAACAAAUGGGUUAUUACUGCUGCCCACUGCCUGCACCAUGAAGUAACCCCAGAAGAGACAAGCCUUACUUUAAACACACUUUCAUCAUUUAACAUCACACUAGGGAAACAUAAGACCUCAAAAAAGGAUGACUCAGAGCAAGUAUUUCAGGCCACAAACUUAUUUCUCCACCCAAUGUACAAUGCCAGCACCUUUCAAAAUGACAUUGCCCUGGUGGAGCUAUCAGAACAAGCUUUUCUCAAUGACUAUGUGAUGCCUAUUUGCAUUCCAGAAGAAGAAGUGCACCCAGAGGAUUUUGUAGUUAUCAGUGGAUGGGGAAAACAAUUCUUAAAAAGACUGCCAGAAGCACUCAUGGAGAUAGAAAUUCCUGUUGUAGACCAUGAAGUGUGCAAGUCUGGGUAUUUAAAGAUUGGAAGGGUGCUAACUGACGAUAUGCUUUGCGCAGGACUGAGAGAAGGAGGGAAGGAUGCCUGCUCUGGUGACUCCGGUGGUCCAAUGGUCACCUUCAGUCAACACAAAAAUAACUGGUAUCUGGCAGGAACAGUGUCCUGGGGAGUUGGCUGUGGAGAUAGUGACAGAUAUGGUGUAUAUUCAAAUGUCUAUAAAAAUGUAGACUGGAUAAAAGCAACAAGUGGAGUGAACUAUUAA